AGUUAACAUUGAUUGAAGUAGACAUCCACAAUUUUGUUUUAAAAAAUAAGCAUACAAAAUGUUUAAACUAUUAUUAAAUCAUCUAUAAUUUUCAAUAUUUGGAAUAAAAUUUUAUAUUUCUUACAACUCUCACCAUUUACCAACCGGGAAGGCCGUGUAGACAACCGCAGAGCGUGACUUUGUAUGACUAGAAUCCGAGCGGAGAAAGCGACACGAUCUGACCUGUAAAUUCAAGUCAUCCUUCCUUUCUAUAAUAAUAUUACUCUCUUCACUCGUCCUUCUCUACUCUCUACUCCUCUCUCUUUCAUUUCUCUUAUAAAUCCAAUAAAAACAAAUCAUCAACAACACUUUCAAUCUUUCGGAUCUUGUUAUCGGGCUCGGAUCCCCAGAUCUCAACCCGCUAUGCUCUUCUGAUACCUCACCUUAGCUUGGUGUGAAAGAUGGAUCCGAGUGAUAUUUCAGUGGUAGAUGGAUUUGAAGCAGUGGAUCAAAAUGGUGUUGAUUCAAAUGUAGACUCUGUUGUUACUGUAAUUGAAGAAAAUGUAAUGGUGUCCAAUGGAGAUUUUGAAAAUUUUGAUGGUGAUUUGUGUAUGGAAGAAUUGAAAGAAGGAUUGAAUGGGAAAAUUGAGGGAAACAAUGUUGGCAUUUUGAAGGAAGAGGACGUUGAAAUCGGAGAUGGAAAGGAGAAAUCUAGAACAGGGAACGGUCUUGUGAAGAAUAAGAAAGUGAAACAACCUAAAAGUGUUCAUACAGGUUUGGUACGAAAGAACAAAGUCGGGAAAGAUGAAGAGGUGGUAGCAGCAUCUUCUGUUUCGAAUGGUACUUCCGCUUUAGACUCUCAUCCAAGACUGGCGGUUAAGAGCAGAGCAUUGAACGACAAGCAGACUCGAUUGAACAAGCACGCUGGAAAGUCUGAUGCAGCAUCUUCUGAAGCACCAAUGGAGAAGACUAGACCACAGUUAAUAAAGAAAGAACCCCUUGAUAAUCUUCCAGGAAAUGCUGAGUUAUCUUCUCCUACAGCAGAAGAUGGCAAACCUCGCAGAAUGGGGACAAUGCCAACUUAUGGAUUCAGUUUCAAAUGUAAUGAGCGAGCUGAGAGAAGAAAAGAGUUUUACUCUAAGCUCGAGGAAAGGAUUCAUGCGAAGGAAGUGGAGGAGAGCAAUAUGCAAGCAAAAACCAAGGAGAGCCAAGAAGCUGAAAUUAGGAGGCUUAGGAAAAAACUAGCAUUUAAAGCAACUCCAAUGCCAAGCUUCUACCAAGAACCUCCUCCUUCUCGGGUGGAGUUGAAGAAGAUACCAACUACAAGAGCAAAAUCUCCCAAGCUUGGUCGUAAGAAGACUUCAACAUCUUCAGAGCUAGAAGGAAACACCAUAAGCACAGCUCAACAAUGUCGUUUAAGUCUGGAUGAGAAAUUAUCUCAGAAUAACCCCACUAAAGGAAUUAGUCCUGUUCACCUAAAGAAGCCACAACGGAAAUCUCUCCCUCCUCGACUGACUCCUGAAAGGAUCAGUUCACCCAAUACAACAACUGCACGGACUCCGUCUAAGCCGGUGAAUGACGAGAAAGCCUCCUUAUCUAGUGUAACAGCUGAUGUUACCACCUUGUCUAUUGCAACAAAGGAAGAGAAUGUUGAAGCAGCUGCAGCUAUCGAGGAGAACAAUGCCAUGUCUGAUGAGACAAGUGAAACUCUGUCUCUGAACAUAGAUCCAGGUGAAGUAGAAUCCCAUGUGAAUGGUGAUAUAGUCAUUGAAGACAAACCACAGCUCACCUUGGUACAAGAACCUAUAGCAGCAGAGUAUUAAGCAAGCAGCAGGAACAUAUAGCCAGGUGUUGCUAUCAGAGCUAUUGAUUCGUCACGUGAAUAUUUAUAGAAUCAUAUGAUUGAGAUUAUUUGACAAUGAAGGCUUGCAUAUUUGCAUUAUGGUUUGUGAUGUCAUUUAUUCCAAGUGGCAUUGUAUCUUUUGUUUCUGCUCCCAAAGCUAGCUGGUUUUGUCCUUAUGAUUCUCUUUCCUGUCCUUGCAGCAUUGUAUGUAAUAAUAUAAAUAUUUGUCAAGUUGUUCCAGUUGAAGUUAAUUUGGUAUGCAACACUUGUGUCUGUUUGGUUGACAUGUUAGCGAAAAUUUUGAGAAUGUUUACCAUAA